AUAACAUUAAUGAUAACAAAAAUACCUCUAAGAGUAGCUAGAACUCUUCUUCCUUUGAACUAUUCUGGAUUUAGAUUAAAUAUUCCAUAAGCAAUAAUAGAGAAAAGUAUCUAUUGAAACUAAAAUAAGAUCAUUUAUAUCAACUUAUUGAAAGAGGCAUGAUAUUUGAAACUAUGAUUUUAAAGAAUACAUAAUCAAAUCCAGAUUAGACUGAAAUCAAAGGAUUUAAGGUACAAGAUUUCGAAGAUGAAUUAAAAUUAGAAUUAAGUAAAACAGUAGAAAAUGUUUAAAUUUUAAUUUGCAUUGAUUGUUUGAAUAAAGAAGAAUUAUAUGAUGAAGAAUAAUCAGAUUUCUAGAAGUUAGCUGUAUUAAAUGAGACUGAAACUCUAGUUUAAUAUUUCUAAGAUCCUUAUUUGAAUCAUAUACCUUUUAGUAUUUAUCUAACUAAAGGGAAUGGAUUAAUUACUUAUUAUGAAUGUUCAGCUUACAGAAGCAAAGUAAAUAUGACAUUCAUUUAUAUAUAGAUAUAAAUUAAUAUGGUCUAAAUAAUUGAUAAUAUUGAAAAACAUAAACUAAUUCCAAGAAAUGAUAGAGAUAUUACUGAAUAUGAAGGAAAUUAUCAUUGUUUAGAUGAUACUGUAACAAUCUAAUAAUAAAUAAGUUAUAAAAUGACAUUUUAAAUUAUCUGAAGACUUUUGGAAUAGACUCUGAACUUGCAUCGUUUGUGGAAAACCUACAAAGUGAUAGAGAACAAGCUCUGUAUCUGAAAUGGUUAUAAAACAAGCUCAAUUCUCCAUGA